UGUUUCAAAAUGGCGUCCGUUGCUCCGCUCAGCACACAUUUAAUCCACUGAUAAUUAGCCAGAUAUGUGCCAGUCUGUCAAAAAUCUUUAAGGUACAGGUUUUUCUUUUACAUUUCACAAAAAGCGCUUCGCCAUGUCGGACUCUGAGGAGGAAAGUCAAGACAGACAGCUAAAAAUCGUGGUAAUAGGAGACGGAGCCUGUGGAAAGACAUCGCUCGCCACCAGGUUUGCACAGGAGGCCUUUGGGAAGCAGUACAAACAGACCAUUGGUCUGGAUUUCUUUCUGAAGAGAAUAAGCCUUCCAGGUAACCUGAACGUGACCCUACAGGUGUGGGAUAUCGGAGGGCAAACGUUGGGAGGAAAAAUGCUGGAUAAAUACAUCUAUGGGGCUCAUGGAGUCCUCCUCGUGUACGACAUCACCAACUACCAAAGCUUUGAGAACCUGGAGGACUGGUACACCAUGGUGAAGAAGGCCAACGAAGAGUCCGAAGUCCAGCCGGUCAUCUCCCUGGUCGGAAACAAAAUUGACCUGGAGCACAUGCGGACAGUGAAGGCUGACAAACACCAGCGCUUCUGCCAAGAGAAUGGCCUCCUCAGCCAGUUUGUCUCAGCCAAGACCGGCGACUCUGUGCAUCUCAUUUUCCAAAAACUGGCUGCUGAGAUAAUUGGUAUAAAACUCAAUAAAGCAGAGAUCGAGCAGUCCCAGAUGAUUGUAAAGGCUAGUUUGGUGGAUUAUCCACAAGAUGACGGCCUAACUAGAGAAGAAAGGAUUCCUCAGAAGAGCAAAAUAUGUUCUGUCCAAUAGUCCCAAGAAGUAUGUCGCAACAAGUAGUUUUCCCCCAAACUCAGAUCCAAAAAAGUUGGAACUUUGUGUAAAAUGUAAAGCAAAAAUGAAUGCAUUAUUUAUACUAGACUGUGGCCAACAAACAAUAAUGACUAUACAGAUUCAAUUGUGCACUGAAAAAAAUUGCAAUAUAUUUGUCACCUUUAAUUUACCAUAUUGUUAUUAUGCUGGUUGCUCCCAUAAUUAAUUUGAUAUAUAAAAUUACUAUAACAUUUGCCAUAGAACUGUAUAGAUUUCCCAGAACUUAAAUUGUCAUUGUCAUAUUUUUUAAUAUUUACAAACCACAGAAUUCAGGUUUCUUCACAUUUUACACAUUACACUGACUUUUUGUGUUUGUAGCUUCCCAGCACUAGUCUAAUCCGUUAUUCUCGGCUAAUGAUAAAUCCAGAUUGUGCGUUUUGCUGACUUAGUAGAGUGACACAGUUAGAAAAACCUCCAUGCUGCUAAUGUAUUCGGCUCCGUUCUCCUGACCUCCCCCGGCCUCUUGUCUGGUGUGGGGCAGGAGUCCACAAACACUAUGACCGCUGACUCCUAAAUCACUGCAUGGUUCUCCACUUAAAUGCCAAAACCUCCUUGUAGAUCACAUUUCAAUAAGAUUUACAGUCUGUAGAGUAGUCCAGUAGUUAAAUUAGUUGAGAAUAAUAAUCUUAUUUCAGUAGUUUGAUAGAAUGCUUCAUAUGUCAUGCUUACUUAUUUGCAUGGGUUAGAAAAAUAUGUAUUUAUUUUCAAAUAGUCGUAAUUGCUUAAAAUCAACGAAAGAAAACAAGGGCUAUAUAAUAGAGCUCGGUAUUAAACAUCUAAAAGUGAUCGUUAUUGACAAAAUCUGCCAUUUUUGUAGCAGCAGUGCAAAACCUCUACAGAUUCAUUAGCCAAAAAUGCAGUGACAUAGUCAACAAAAGAGUCGCGAAACAAGCAUUUGCACUAUAGUGAAUGAACGCCAAGUUUAGUAUGUGGCAUCUAAAACUCUCUUUGGGUUUAACAUUAGACUGAUUGAAAAUUAGAUAAAUAAUCUUGAAAUUAACCAGAAAUCAAAUCUAACCCUAAAAUUACUCAAAUCCAUUAUGAAAUGAGUUAAUUUCACGCAUGCUAGAUAUUCCCAUUUACAAUUUUUUGUAGUGUUUGGAACUAAAUUAGUCAUUUUGAUUUGUGCAUUGCAUCGAUUCUAACAGUGUUAAUUUCUUGUUUUUUUUCCCC